AUGUCGGAGGCGCCUAAGCGUUGCUACUAUGAGGUGCUUGAAGUGGACCGAAAAGCGUCACUGGACGAAAUUCGUCGUGCGUACAAGCAGCAGGCUCUUAUGCAUCACCCAGACAAAAAUUAUGGCAAUGUGGAAAAUACAGUUGCCGUAUUUAAAGAGAUCCAGAAUGCAUAUUCAGUCCUUAGUGAUCCAGAAGAGCGUGCAUGGUAUGACGCCCACCGGGAAAGCAUUUUGAAUGGAGGCGAAGCUGAAGAUUCUGCAAACGAUAUUAAUCUAUAUGGUUAUUUUACUUCCAGAUGCUAUGACGGCUUUGGUGAUGAUGAUGAUGGAUUUUUUAGUGUGUAUCGGCGGGUAUUUGAUCAAUUGCUGGAGGAUGAAAGCGAGUAUGAUGCUAGGGCCAAAGCUUGGCCUCGCUUUGGUGAGAGUUCGACGGAUUGGAAUAGUGUCUCAGAGUUUUACUCUUAUUGGAAGAAUUUUGCUUCUUUCAAGAACUUUGCGUGGAAGGAUGAAUACAAGAUAAACGAAAUUCCUGAUCGGGCCUCCAGACGAAUGGCUGAGCGGAUUAACCAAAAGGCUAGAGCAGCCGCCAAAAAGGACUACAUACAAACUGUGCAAAGUCUUGCGCGAUUUGUGUACCGUCGUGACCCGCGAGUUGAGGCUGAGAUGAAGCGACAAGAGGAAGAAGAGCGCCGAAUAGAAGAAGAAAAAGAGCAGAAGCGUUUGGAGCAAGCACGGAGACGACGUGAAGCGAAUGAAAAGCUUUGGGCAGCUGCAGCAGAGAAAGAAGAGGAGGAAGAACGGGCUCGACUCGACAGAGGGGAAGCUACGGGCGACCAUACUUUGGAGUUGCUUUACGAAAAACAACGCCAAGUGGAGGAGAUGCGAAAGGCGAAGGGCGGCAAUAGCAAAGGAUUUGCAAUGCUGGAGGGCGAUGAUGAAGACGAGAACGGAGUAACAAAGUUUAACUGUCCCGCAUGCAAGAAACAGUUUAAGAAGAGUGGACAGUACAAGGAACAUAUAAACAGCAGUAAACAUAAGGCGAAGGUGAAGCAGCUAUCCGGAAAGGGGGUGGACGUUGAGGCACUUAUGAAAGAGAGUCAGUAA